GCAGGCCUCCGGGGGGCCGGGGCUUACCAUGUAGGGGAGGGGAGAUGUAUCCACAUACCUCAGGAUGAAGGGCGGCGAGGAGGACGCGUGCGAGCAGGCCCCUCUGAACCCGGAGGGCGAGAGCCCUGCAGGCUCGGCCACGUACCGGGAGUUCGUGCACCGCGGCUACCUGGACCUCAUGGGGGCCAGUCAGCACUCGCUGCGGGCGCUCAGCUGGCGCCGCCUCUACCUCAGCCGGGCCAAGCUCAAAGCUUCCAGCCGCACGUCCGCCCUGCUCUCGGGCUUCGCCAUGGUGGCCAUGGUGGAGGUGCAGCUGGAGAGCGACCACGAGUACCCGCCAGGCCUGCUGGUGGCCUUCAGUGCCUGCACCACCGUGCUGGUGGCUGUGCACCUCUUUGCACUCAUGGUCUCCACGUGUCUGCUGCCCCACAUUGAAGCUGUGAGCAACAUCCACAACCUCAACUCUGUCCACCAGUCACCACACCAGAGACUGCACCGCUACGUGGAGCUGGCCUGGGGCUUCUCCACUGCCCUGGGCACCUUUCUCUUCCUUGCUGAAGUUGUCCUGGUUGGUUGGGUCAAGUUUGUGCCCAUUGGGGCUCCCUUGGACACACAGACCCCCAUGGUGCCCACAUCCCGGGUGCCCGGGACUCUGGCACCAGUGGCUACCUCCCCUAGUCCAGCUUCCAAUCUCCCACCAUCCUCUGCAUCCACAGCACCAUCCCAGGCUGAGCCAGCCUGCCCACCCCGGCAAACCUGUGGUGCUGGGGGGUCCCAUGGGCCAGGCUGGCAAGCAGCAAUGGCCUCCACAGCCAUCAUGGUACCCGUGGGGCUUGUGUUUGUGGCCUUUGCCCUGCAUUUCUACCGCUCCUUGGUGGCACACAAGACUGACCGCUAUAAGCAGGAACUAGAGGAACUGAAUCGCCUGCAGGGGGAGCUGCAGGCUGUGUGAGGCUGGUGUUAGCCACUGCUGCAAGCACUGCCUCCCUCCCGAGUCUGCAAGAGGCCUCAGGGGCCUAUAGACCUCAUUCCCCCCAUCCCCUGGCUGGAGCCACUUGCAGUGGCCACUCUCAGGCAGAGGUCAGAUUCCUGCCUGCAGGGUCCUCUGGGCUGGGCCUUGGGGCAGCUCCCACAUUCCCAGGGAUUUUCCCCAUCAGUCUGUCCCUUGGGUUUUGCAAGCUACUCUGCACCUGGGCUGGCCUCAGUUGAAAGAUCAUGCCGUAGAUAUAGGGGAGGCAGGGAGAGCUUGUGGGACCUUUGGUGCUGACCUUAGCCACCAUUUCCAUUCCUAUACAGGAUGGGAAGAUCACAAGGCAGCCAACCCUUGGUUUAAUUUUUUUUUUUUUUUUUGAGACAGAGUCUCUCUCUGUUGCCCAGGCUGGAGUGUGGUGAUAUAGUCACAGCUCACUGUAGCCUCGACCUUCCAGGCUCAAAAGAUUCUCCCACCACAGCCUCCCAGGUAGUAAGUAGCUGGUACUACAGGUGUGCACUGCCACAGCCGACUAAUUUUUUUGUAUUUUUUGUAGAGACGGGGUUUCGCCAUGUUCCCAGGCUGGUCUCAAACUCCUGGGCUCAAGUGAACCUCCUGCCUCGGCCUCCCAAAGUGCUGGGAUUCCUUGCUUUAUUUCUGUAGAAUCUAUUUUAUGGUUGGCAUUUUGGGGGAAGAUUUUGAUGGGUUCCACAUUCUUGCUUUAGUUGUUGUAGAGGGAUUUGGGUGUUUCUACCCCAGGCAUUGGUCUAGCUUUUCCUACAAUGAACCUAUCUUUGGAGGUUGGAGCUCCCCACCUUCCCCCACUGUGGUGACCUAUGGCCACUCGCAGGAGGGAUGGUGCCUGACCCACUGCCCUAGCACCACGCUAUGCACCAAACUUGUUCUCCCCUCCGGGCCAGGGCUGGGAUCUUUAGAGACUGACAGCCUCUGCCCCGGGCCUGAGUCCUUAGCAAGGGUUAGGUGAGGAGGUUUUAAGGGAGAAGGUCCAGUCCUUAGCCCUUGGAAUACAAAGCUUUUCUGACACUGAAUUUGGAUGCACCUUGUUUUAUAUAAUAAAUCAUGUUUCACAGA